UAAUCUCAGUCAAGUACUCGAGAACAAAUCUGUGUAAGGAAACCCGGAUCUACUUUACGCGCCUGGAGAAAAGGGGCAGGGAGGGGAGGGGAAGAAUGAGGAAAUCCUCCCCUUUGGAAGCUUGACUAUGGCUGCAGCGGUGUGGACGGACCGAGGACGCAGGGCUGGGACUGUGGUGAGGACGGUGACCAGAUCCAAAUCCAGCCACAGCGCUUUAAAAUCCCAGUAUGACGCACUGGUCAUCGGAGGAGGACAUAAUGGACUGGUGGCGGCCACCUAUCUCCAAAAGGGAGGGGUGAAGACAGCAGUCCUGGAGCGUAGACAUGUGCUGGGAGGAGCUGCAGUCUCUGAGGAGAUCUUUCCUGGUUUCCACUUUUCAAGAUGCUCAUAUUUGCUCAGUUUAUUACGACCUCACAUAUACUCAGACCUGGAACUCAAGAAACAUGGGCUAAAAGUGUAUAUGAGGGACCCUCAUGCUUUCACCCCCAUGUUGGAGGAAGGAGUGAAAGGUGCCCCGCCGAGGUCACUCACCCUGGGUUCGGAUCUGGCUCUGAAUCAGAUGGAGAUCGGUAAAUUCUCACAGAAGGAUGCCAAGGCAUAUUCAGAUUUCAAUGCAUAUCUUGAGAAACUGGCGGCUGCUAUCCACCCGCUCCUGGAUGCUCCUCCUGUAGAUAUCCUAGGUGUCACAACCGGAUCACUGAGGAGGCGACUGGCUGCAUCCAAAACCCUGCAGCCUAUUAUUAAAUGUGGUCUGAAACUGGGCAGAAACAUUCCAGAGUUUUAUGAGAUUGUAACCGCACCAAUAAUGAAGAUACUCAAUCGGUGGUUUGAGUCAGAACCUCUGAGAGCAACAUUAGCUACUGAUGCUGUAAUAGGAGCCAUGACCAGCCCAAGUACUCCUGGUAGUGGGUAUGUACUUUUGCACCAUGUGAUGGGAGAGCUGGAAAAAGAGAAAGGAGCAUGGGGAUAUGUGGAAGGAGGAAUGGGAGGUGUGUCUCAGGCUAUUGCCAGUGCUGCUCGAUCCUACGGUGUGGAUAUUUUUACUGAGAAGGAGGUGGAACAGGUCCUGGUUGGUUCAGAUGGCGCCGCCAGAGGAGUGGUGCUAAAAGACGGCACAGAAAUCCAAAGUAAGGUUGUUUUGUCAAAUGCUACCCCAUACAUCACCUUCAAGUACCUCGCACCACAGGAUGCUCUUUCACCUGACUUCAUCAAAGCUGUAGAUCAGAUAGACUACACCUCACCUGUCACCAAGAUCAAUGUGGCAGUGGACAAGCUACCAAACUUUCUAGCAUGUCCCACACCAGACGGUAAACCUGGUCCCCACCAUCAGUGCUCCAUUCACCUCAACUGUGAGAGUGUCGAAGUACUGGAGACGGCUUACAAAGAGGCCAUGAAUGGACGACCAUCGUCAAGGCCCAUGCUGGAGAUGACCAUCCCCUCUGUGCUGGAUCCCACUCUGGCUCCCCCUGGCUGCCAUGUGGUGUCACUGUUCACCCAGUUCACCCCUUACCACAUAGAGGGCAGGGAGUGGACCGACCAGGACAGAGAGGCCUUUGCAGACACUGCGUUUGACUGGGUGGAACAAUACGCCCCGGGCUUCAAAAAGUCUGUGGUGGGGAGGGACGUCCUUGCCCCACCUGACCUGGAGAGGAUCUUUGGACUCACUGGAGGGAACAUUUUCCAUGGAUCAAUGUCAUUGGAUCAGCUCUACCUUGCACGACCUUUGCCCUCUCUCUCCGACUACCGCUCACCAGUUAAAGGGCUGUAUUUAUGUGGCAGUGGCUCUCAUCCAGGAGGUGGUGUGAUGGGAUCUCCAGGCUGGAAUGCAGCUCUAACUGUCAUCGCUGACCUGAAGAGUCACUAAACACCUCCAGUGUAUCCACCAUUUUCUACAGCAGAUCGUUUUUUAAAGAUUACCAAGAAAAUAAAAAGGAAGAAACAAGGAGAGACUAAAGAAAAAAUAAUUGCAGACUUGAAAAGAAUGAUGUCACUCCAUUUUUAAUGAUACAGUGCAAUACCACAGAAGUGUCUUUUUGUGUCUGAAGGCUUAACAAUUGUCAGUACAAGUGACAAUAAAGCAAUUUUUAGAUAUUCUGUAAUUAAGCAAAGAUCAGUGUUACCGUCUCAAGUGCAACUGUACAAUUUCCCAGUGAGAAACAGCAAAGACACUCUGUAAUAAUCAAACAAUGAUGAAGAUUAUGUUUGAAAACUGUGACUUUUUAUGAUUAAAUUACUUUGCAAUCAA